AUGCCACCACGAAGACUUGUUACGCCAGUUUGGCAAGACGAUAACGAGGUGACUGAGUGUUUCUUGUGUCACACGACCUACAGUAUUUUCCAUAGGCGGCAUCACUGCAGAAAGUGUGGCAAAGUAGUAUGUGGCGACUGUUCAUCUCGAGAGAUGCAUUAUUUUGACAACACGCCUAUAGCAGCACCUCCAGACAUAUCCCAGCCAAAUAUCGAUGGCAAUAGAUCAAGAGUACGAUUAUCAAAACUGAAUGAGAUAUACAAGACUUGUGAUGAAUGUGCCAAUGAGAUCACCAUGAUUCGACGAGCUUUAUUUGAUGAACCAAACUCAGUAGUGAAUCAAAGUGAUGAAGACAACACUAACGGAAUCAAGUACACGUCGCGAGAACAUACACACCAACUUCCGUGCUCCUCAUCGACUACAUCAUUGAAUAGACGAAAUCAAGAUGGUGCAAGCGAUAGUAACCUAUGUCCUGUUUGUGCAACUGAUCUAUUGAAGGAGUAUAUUUCCGAUAGGAAAAACGUGGAGCUAAUAUCGAAUGACGACUUUGAGAAGUUCAAGGAACAACAUAUCAGUGAGUGUCUCGUAGCAUUUGAUUUCAAUACCGACCACUCAACUAGAUUCUCACCCGAGCUGACUCCUAAGAACAAAAUGUUGGUGUAUAAUAUACCACCAAUUCCCAAACCACAAUACGAAAAUAUAGAUGGAAUCCAAUCAGCAAGUACGAGUGUAGAUACCUCCCUUGUACCACAAGAGAAAAUUGAAGAGGAAGAAUGUGUUAUAUGUCUUGAGGAUCUAAAGCCAGGAGAUAAAGUUGGUAGAUUAGAGUGUCUAUGUGUUUUCCACUACAAAUGCAUCAAAGAUUGGUUCAACAAAAAAGGUUAUGGCGAGUGCCCGGUUCAUUUCUUACAUAAAUAA